AUGAGGCACGAACACCUUGCUUGGUUAAACCUCCGGAAGAGCGAAGAUGAAGAGAGUACGCCUCCAUCGUCACCACCACCAGUAGCUGCCGUUGCGCGCCGCAAGUUUGAUGACGAAGAAGACAGUGACGAUGUAUGUGGUCUAUUCUUAUCUUUAGUUUAUGAAGGUAUUAUCGGCGGACUAACAGGAAAUAAACAGGUUCUCGAUGACUGGGAGGCUGCCGAGGACAGCGAAGUUGAGCGUGAGAAGGCCCAGAAGGCCGCUGCUGCCAAAGCAAAGGCCGAGGCCGAAGCGUUAGCAAAUAAGAAGAGCCGCUCCCAGCGGAUAGCCGAGCACCAGGCCGCCGCUGCACGACGACGAGCAGAGCAAGAGUCGGAGGAAGAAAGCGAUUCGGAAGAAGACCUAGCCGCCAAGCGUGAGAAGCUACGCCGAACCGAACAAGAUGCGGACCUGAAGCAUGCCGAAGACCUAUUCGGAGACAUCGACUUGAACCGCACCCGCAACCGCACCGCACCCAGCAAGAGCGUGAUAUCAGAUGCCAACGACCCGACCAAAUCCAUCGAUCUCGCCUCAAUUCCUCUCUUCAAACCCUGCACAAAACCACAAUUCACGGCCCUGACCAAUGCCCUCGUGCCACUACUGACAGCCCAGGCCAAGAAGCCAGCAUAUACCCUCUGGCUGCAGGACUUCACCAAGCAACUAGUCAAGGAUCUCCCCAGCCAGGAAAUCAAGAAGAUUGCCAGUGCCAUGACGGCUGCCAGCAACGAGAAGCUCAAGGAAGAAAAGGCCGCUGAUAAGAGUGGAAAGAAGACCAAGGCCGCUAAGACCAAGACUAGCCUUGUUGCUACUCGUGGAGCAGACCUAAACGCUUAUGAUGAUGUUGGUGACGAUCUUGGAGAUGAUGAUUUUAUGUGA